CCCUCCCUGUGGCUGCACCCCAGCCAGGGGGUGGCCGUGGGGGACACGGUCAUCCUGCACUGCAACCUGCCCCGGCUAUCUGCCUGGGUCCAGCUCUGGUUUAAUGGAACUUUGAGAUCUGACAAGGAAAAAGAUGAGGAGCAGGAUACAGUUGAGUUCUCCUUGGUUGUCACAAACCUGGAAGACGCGGGGACAUAUCAGUGUCGGUACCAGGUGUCAGAGCCACUGUGGACAUCAAAUAUGAGUGACCCCGUGGAGCUGGUGGUGACAGGUGCCAAGGGGCCAUCCCAUGGGAACCGGGUGGUGGUGGUGGUGAGGGGCUGUGCUGCUGUCUUCGUCUUCUGCCUGGGCCUCUACUUCGUGCUCGAUGCCCGCAGCCUCUGGACACAGAGAGAUGAGAGCCCUGGUGUCCCCCCAGCAAUGACUGAGGACUUGCAGAUCCAGGUACCCCCCAGUGACAGCGAGGAUCUGACCUACACCGAAAUGCAAGAUGCCACCCCGUGCUCCCAGCCCUCCACUUCCCACACUGCCCUCCAGUCCCCCGUUAUCAACACCAAACAACAAUGGCACUGGCCCUCAUCCUGGGUGAGUGACAAUGGGGAUGUUGUGCCACGGGGGUUGGUGGCCCUGAGUGGGACCAGGACCGUGUCCCUUGCAGGUUGGUGUCUGGUGGCAGCGAACAGGGCACAGCAGCUGCCCCGACCCUCCCUGUGGCUGCACUAUAGCAAGGGGGUGUCCCUGGGAGACACUGUCACCCUGCAGUGCCACCUGCCCCGGCUUGCUGCCCGGGUCUGGCUGUACCACGUUGGAGGUUCGACACUCAACAAGUACAAGGACAAGGUGCAGGACGUGGUCGAGUUCACCUUUGUUAACACAAGUCGGGAACAUGCGGGGAGAUAUCAGUGCCAGUACCGGGUGCCUGAGUCAGAGGAGAUAUCAGAGAAGAGUGAUCCCGUGGAGCUGGUGGUGACAGGUGAGGGCACGGGGGACAGAAAAUGGCUCUGGGGGCUCCCAACAGAGCCGUGUCCCAAUGCUGUCCCCUCCCCUCAUGCAGAUCACGGCUUUCCACCACCUGGCAUCUCCCUUCAAGGAAAGGAACGUGUGGGGACAGGAACAAAUGUCACCAUCCACUGCUGGAACAAGGACUAUGGGGCUGCCUUCCUCCUGCACAAGGAUGGGCGCUCAGCCCCUAUCCAGCGCCAGGACCCGGAUGCUGGGGGCACAGCCACCUUCACCCUCCUUGGGGUGACCCCAGCUGAUGCUGGUACCUACAGGUGCUCCUACCAUCCCAAAGACUACCCCUUUGUUUCCUCACGUCUUGGCAGCAGCGUGACACUGGAGGUGACACCCACAGCCGCAACCCCAGACCCCGCAGGAUCUGAGGAGUGGUCCAGAGCGAGUCUAGUGAUAGCACUGCUGAGGGUCUUGGUCGCUGCACUUGUCUUCGGCGUUGGAGUCUUCUUUGUCAUUGAUGGCCGCAGCCUCUGGAUACAGAGAGAUGAGAGCUGUGGUACCCCAGUGAUCAUGAGCAUCUGACCUGCACCGAGAUUCGUGCUGUGACCCCUGGUGCUUGGCCACCCGGGGCAGCUGCCACUGCUCAGCCCCCAUUAACUACAGCUAAGUGGGCACUGGGGGACCACACUGAUAUCCCCACACCUCUGGUGCAUCAUUUUUAAGGUGCACUGAAAUGGACACACCCCAGAUUCCCCUGAAUGGAGCUCCCUGAAACUCUGGUCCCCCCCUUACACUCCCAAAUCCCAAGGAAUCCAACAUCCC